AUGAACAUAUUAUCUGUUCUAUUAGGACAUUAUAAUCAAGAUCAAGAAUUCAACUUGUACAAGAUCGAGAAUACCGAUACGCUUCUCUUCAAAUUGAAUGACAUUACACAUCUGUUCAAUCUAGAAUCGAGUUUGUUUGAGAAAACACCACAAUUUGUUGAUAAACAAAAAAACACUUACAUAAAUACCACUGAGCUUGUCCAAAUAGCCAUCCAACACAACAAAUUUUUGCUGGCUGAGCUCUGUAAAUUGAAGCCAAAUGAUUAUGUUGCCAAAUUGGAUGAAUCAAUGUUAGCAAACUUACCGCGUUUGGUGUACAGCAAGUCAAAAAAAGAUGCGAGUCAAUAUCAGAUCACCUCCAUUGAGCUCACAAACAACAGCAAACCUGUGAAAUCAGAGCCACUGUCGCCGUCUCCACCUCAACCUCGACUUCCUUUACCAACGCAUACAUCAGAUCCAAUGGCUCUGGAUCACAUCAUAACUUCAAAUAAGCAGGCUAGAAGAUUAAGCAGGACAUUUGAAGAUCCUCCACCCAUCAAAAAGCAAAAGAAAAUUGAGCCUCUGCCAAAGCCUUUACAUACAGUGAGCUCUCAGCAACCCACCUUAUUAGCAAAGCGUUUAGGCAACAACAUCAACAACAAGAGAAAUUUGACCAUCUAUGCUCCUACCUAUGGCGAGCAAUUCAACGGCAUACGAUCAGCGCCUCUCAACUCCAAUUUCCGUCAAGCGCCUGCCACAAAACCACAUCCUUUAUCAAAAGCUACCUUGGUGUCGCCUGCCAACUCAAGCACCGCAUCUGAAUUUGCUAUUCCCCCUAUCGUUCCUUCGCAACAACAGCCUCCUCACACGGCGCAUCCCAGCAGCAUACAUCGCCGUCAUUCACCGCAAUAUCCAGCAUCAGCUUUCGGACACAGUUUCCCUGUAACAUCAGGUCGAGUGGAGCCACCAACAAAACCGAGCUCAUUACAACGACAACAGUUUAUGCAACCAUUUGAGCAUUUAUUCGAUACCAUUGAAACGACUCGUAAUUUGAAAUCAACGCUGGACGAUCAGAUUCGUCGCUCAUCCACAUUGAUCCAAACGUUACAAGCAUCCUCCACCACCAUUGAGGGGCUGGUUCGUAAUCAGAUUAAGGAAGCUCAAAUGGAAAUUAUGCAUAGAAUGGAAGAUUCAAUUGAUGGUCUAUUUCAUCGCAUUUCGUCACUGGAAAGACGUCUUCAUUCCCCAGCAGAAGAUCACCAUGAAACCAGGGAUGUAUCGCCAACAUCAUCCGCUUCUCAUGGCAACAAUCAUUCCACAACGUCUCUACCCGGGCAUCCUCCUCCACCUCCCUCUGCUGCUCCUGCUGCGCCCUCGUCUCAUCUCACUAGACAACAGCAGCAGGAUCUUGUGAGCCCGCCUACUAUCGUCAGAUCUCAACAUGACAUUGGGCCCAACGAAUACCACAGCAUGCUGGACACGUUAAGGGAGAGAUUAGAUAGACUUGAAAAGCAACUCGAAUCAUAA